AUGGUAGUGUCUUCUCCUUGUUCUUGGCAGCAAGUUCGCUUUUCCAACGAGGAAAACGAUACCCAGAGUACCGCCCUCCAAGAACUCACCUCAGAGAUGAUCAACGACAUGUGGUACAAUCGCCAAGAAUUCGAUGUUAUAAAACAUCAGGUACGGUCCAUCGUCUGGCGACAGCAGUUCUUGAAUGGUGAAACUCCUUCCUCUUCCUUCCGCAAGAACAACAACCACGACGACACUGACAACAUUUCAGUGCUACAAAGAUACGGUCCACACAGAUCAGCGUACAAGAAACUUGUCAUUCGAUAUACUUUACAUGCCCAAAAUCACAGCAUUGACCCUGACUUUCUUCGAAGUGUAUCAACCCAAUUUUCGGCAAGGGCCAGGGCAUUGGCAGCCAAUCAAGGGUUUGAAGACUACUGUGAGGUGUACGACCCACUUGAUUCACUUUUGGGUUCUGCAACCAUCCCAAACGAUCUUGUUCAUGGUGAUGACCAGGAGCAGAAUGAUGCCGAUAGGAGUACUUUCAUCACAAAAAAGCGGAACCGCGAUGAUGAUGAUGAUGAUGACCAUCCUUAUUGUGACGACGAAAGAACCGAAGUCCCCAAGAGAAGGCGACUUCUUUCUAGCACAUAG